GCACCUAACUAUGCACAACAGCUAUGGCCAGAUGAGUGUAUAUAUAAAGUCAUGAUUGUUUCCACUCUAAGCUACAAGGAUAUCUCUCCCUCCCUUCUCCUCCUCCUCCUCCUCUCUCUCUCUCUCUCUCUCUCUCUCUUGCUAUUGAGUGUAAGAAGAGGAAGAUGAACACUAUACUGAGGAAGUGCAAGAGCUUGUCAAAGCUAGGGAGGAGUUCGUCUUACAGUAGUUUGAGGUCGAAAUCCACGAGAGAAGAUGAGUUGUGGCCGGAAGACGGCGCUGCAAUCAGUGCAGACAACGGCGCCGACGAGGUGGCGGUGUUCGUGGGGAGAUCGAGGCGGCGGUACUUGGUGAACUCGAAGCACCUGAAUCACCCACUGCUGAGUGCGCUCAUCGAUCGAUCUAAGCUCGGUGAGAUACGCAUCAAGUGCGAGGUUGUGCUGUUCGAUCACCUGCUGUGGAUGCUGGAGAACGCGGAGCUCGACGCGGCCGACGACGCCGCGACGCUGGAGGAAUUGGCCGAGCUCUAUGCAUGCUGAGGCGUUUUGGAUGAAUUAUUAUGAGAUAUAAAACUAUAUAUACAGAUAUAAUAUUGUUUGAAUUCAAUUCGGUCCUAAUUAACUUGUGAUCAAAGAGGUUUGAUAGAGCUGCAAAAACAAGCCUAUCCGCAUCUGUUUUGUUCAUGUGUUGCUUGCAGUAUAAUAAAGUUCGUAAUG